GUUGCUUUGUCCUUCUUCUCAUCAUCUUCAUCACGGCAGUGAUGUGUAUGAAGAAGUCUGGAAACAUGCAGUUGGAUGAGAUGGGCUUCCGGCAGAUCCCCAGUGCUGAUUACGAAGAUGACAGCGACAGCUUGGACUCGUUUGUGAUGGACAAGAACUCCUUCCCCAUGAAACCGCAGGCUUACUUUGCAGCCCAGACCAGCAGAGAGUACCACGAUGAACCUUCAAGUGGCGAGGAGGAUGGGGAGUCUAGUUUAUUUGAGAAACCUUUGGUCACUAGAAAAUAG